AUGGCAAUUGCUUCGGGCCUUUCCCGUUCAGCUUUGGCUUUUCGUUUGCUUUCUCCUCAAGUCGUGGCUCCACGGGCUUCCAAAUUUCCAGGUUCUAUUCAAGUCUCCGCUGUCAUUUUCGUUGGACUUAGUACGACGCGGAGGAAUUGCUCCUUUGUAAGCAUGCAGUCCAGCCUGGACACCCCACCGCUAAUUGACGUGGACUGCAAUCUCAUGCAUAUUGAUUUACAACGGUUCCGGAUUGACAGCUUGGCAAACGACAAAAGCCUGGCAACACCCUUGGAUAUUUUGCUCCAGGACGCCGUACAAGAGCAAAAUAUUGUAGGGAUACUUUCUCCCAGCAGUACCAUUGAAGAAGCUAAGGCAAGCGCUCAUGUUCUACAACAAGUUCCGCUAGAUACCUUGGUUAUCCGAUCGACCGUUGGUGUCCAUCCUUAUCAUAUAAACGAUGCUAAUUUGCGAGAUAAAAGUUUAGAGCAGCACAUGGAGAUUGCAAAAGAUCUGUUGCGUUCCAAACCAGUACUCUUUACUGCUGUUGGUGAAUGCGGACUUGAUGCCUCAGAGGGAUUUCCUCCCGUCGCUUCUCAGAUACCAUGGUUUCAAGCGCAGAUUGAAAUUGCAGAAGAGUUGCAACUUCCACUUUUUGUCCACGAGCGGCUAGCAUUUGAUGCGACCAUGGAUUUACUUCAGAACGUCAAUGUCCCCAUCAUAAUUCACUGCUUUACUGGAAGCUCGGGUGAGCUACAAGCUUACAUCAAACGUGGUUAUUCUGUUUCAAUAUCUGGUUUCAUUUUUAAAGAGGAAGCCGCAGGCAUUUGUGAAUGCUUGCGUGAUGGUGUUGUUCCUUUGGACAAGCUCAUGAUUGAAACUGACGCCCCGUACAUGGGUUUUGCGGGUUGUCGGGAUCGUUAUGUUGCCAAAAACGAUGCAUUUGUACAAACCCUGAACUCGAAAAAGCGCAAGCGACUGCUCAAUUCAACUUAUCCCAACGUGCCCAGUUCUUUGCCAGCGAUUUUUACGAAAGUCUUGGAAGAAAUGAACACGGGACGAACAGAGAGAGGCUGCGCUAGCUUGUCGGGCUACGAAAUGGCAUUGCACCUCAACCGCAAUGCCAAUGGCUUUUUCAAGUUUGGACUAGAUAUGUAA